GGCAGGAGAAGCGAUAUGGGAGAGCUUCAUGUCCGCUCCGUUCUGGUGACUGGAGCCAACCGAGGAAUCGGCCUGGGGUUUGUCCGGCACCUGCUGGGGCUGCCAAACCCACCCGAGUGGGUCUUUGCAGCCUGUCGGGACCCCAAGGGACAGCGAGCACAGGAGCUGCAGAACUUGGCUUCCAAGCACCCCAACCUGGUCCUCGUCCCACUCGAAGUCACCAAGCCCGCCAGCAUCAAGGCAGCUGCAGCCAGCGUCGAGGAGCACCUCAAGGGCUCAGGUCUCAACCUCCUCAUCAACAAUGCUGGCAUGCUGGUUUACAAGACACUUGACACCGAGACACAGGAGGACAUGUCCCAGGUGUACGCCACCAACACCAUUGGGCCCUUGCUGAUGAGCCAGGCAUUCCUACCCCUGCUGAAGAAGGCUGCCCAAGGGAGCCCCGGCUCAGGGCUGAGCUGCAGCAAGGCAGCCAUCAUCAACAUUUCCAGCAUUGGUGGUUCCAUCAAGGAAGUCUAUUUAUGGAAAUCUGUACAAUGUGUCUCGUAUCGCUGCAGCAAGGCUGCUCUGAACAUGCUCACCAAGUGCCAGUCCUUGGGCUACCAGGAACACGGCAUCCUCUGUGCUGCUCUCCAUCCUGGCUGGGUGCAGACGGACAUGGGGAGCGCAGCUGGACACACGGUAGGAGCUUUACCACGGCAGGUCCAUCCGAGCCCCUGUGCUGGUUUUCCAUGGGAGGCUGUUGUCACCCCGAGCUACAUGUUUUUCCUCUGCCCCUGCAGCCCCCCGUGACAGUAGAUGAGAGCGUAGGAGGGAUGCUGAAGGUGAUCUCCUCCCUCUCUGAGAAGGACACCGGGACCUUCCUGGACUGGGAAGGGAAAGUUGUGCCCUGGUGAGAUGCUGGCCCAGCCUCGUGCCCAGAUCCUGGCAGUGGUCCCUUUGCUGCUACACUGAGUUGUGCCUGUGUCUUAAUAAACUUGUAUCUGCAAGAA